AUGACUUCUAUUGACACCGAGAUUAGGCCGAGAAGAACUUUUUAUCCUUUUCAAGCCAAAGCAGCUAAGAGAGCGUCUUGCGUUAUCUGUUUCGACGACGAUAUUCAUUAUGAUCUCAUGUUUUACGUUGGUAGAUGCGGUCAUUGGUUUUGCUUAAACUGUGUGAAACAACACAUAGAAGUGAAGCUUCUUGAUGGAAAGAUACCGGAUUGUCUUGAGCGUCGUUGGUGCAAGUUUCAGCUAUCUAUUGAUAGUUGUGUCAAGCUUUUGACUCCAAAACUGAGUUUGAUGUGGGAACAAAGAAUCAAAGAGGACUCAACUCCUUUAAAUGAGAGAAUUUACUGUCCGUACCAAAGUUGCUCUUACUUGAUGUCCAAAUCCGAGCUUUUGGCGUCGUUUUCUAUAUGUUUGGAUGUAGGAGAUGCUUCCAAUGCGGUGGCACCUUCUGCAUCUACUGCAAAGUUCCAUGGCAUCAUACGCUAUCGUGCACCGAGUGUGGAUAUGCUUUUUGCUACACGUGUGGAAAAGAAUGGAACUACUGGUCUCACGGAAGAUGCACCACUUUCUUCCAGGUGCUUGCUUUCUUUGUAG